AUGGAACAAGUAAGGAGCCCCAAGAAUACGCGGGCACUUCCAGGAAGCUUGCGAAGGUCUUCUGCCAGGCCACGGGACUCAUCCUUGCCCAAGCUUGACACCGACCUAGUCCCGGACCUGUCAGUGGUCGCGUCGUCGCCAGUAGUCCAGACCUCGGCAUCUACAUCGACUUUGACGGGGAAGAGGAACAGUAUAGCGAACUCUCUGCGUUCUCUCGGGCUAGGCUCGCCCAUAUCUUCACCAACAGCCUCCUCGACAUCGGUGUUUGUAACCUCAGACGUCGAAUCGGUGUCUCCACUACCAAGAACCCUCAGAAAACAAAGGACCGUCUCCAUCGACUAUGGCGGCAGCCAGCUGGGGCGACGAGAGUCCUUCCGGUCCAUCUUCACCACCAGUGCCGGCUCACAUGAGACUACGUCAGUCUCCCAGAGCUCCACCAACAGUAUCGAUGGGAGGAUACAGUGGGAUUUGCAGAAGGUCAAAGGUGUCUUCAAAAUCAUCCUUGAGCUGCAUUUCCUGCGCAGCAAAUCGGCAUACGUUAUUGUCACCAACAACUACAUCAUCAAGGUCAAGAGCAUUGCCGACGUCCUGGCCUUGUUCCCAUCACUGCCGCCGGACAUGCUCCCCGGUGGCUCUACCCCGGUAUCCAAGGCUGAACGACCCGCGAACCCCGAGGUGUCACAGUUGAUACCUAUUGAGUUGCUAGUAUCUGCGUCCAGAGCCGAAAGCUCGCGGCCAUAUUUUGGCAUAGAGCUCUGGUGGAAGUCGACACAUUCGCUCGCUGCCUUUGGGGCUUGUCAGUUCUUUGCACAAGACCCCACGAUGAGGGACUUGAUGUUGGACAGCGUCCACGCGGCAGUAAGAGAGAAGGAAGACGCCCAUUUCGGCGUUCCACGGGUGGCACAUGAGGUGGUGGAGAGGAUUUGCGAAAUAUCCCGACGCGAGGAGCCAGAUUAUCCGUUGCUGCAGCCAGAGAUGUUCCCCGUUGGAAUCAGGCUGGCUGACAAUGCGAAAUGGGCCGAAAGCGAGUCCUUCUACUUUGCUAUUGGGGUAAACCUAUGUUAUUUUAUCAAAGCAGCGCGACCAGCAGACAAUAAGGGGCUGAUCACCACUUAUGCAAAGUACGGAAUCAUGAAUCUCGAAUGUGCCAAUGGCUGCUGGGCGCCACGGGAAGACCGGUUUGAGCUACGAUUUCGAAGACCCUUCGAAGCCAAGCCAACACACCUUCACAUAUCAAGCCGGUUCUCCCACCACAUAUUACAGACACUGCUCAAGGCAGAUGAGACCCUCAGGCCAUGCUGGCCUAGUAGUCUUCGGAGAACCCAGGUUUUCAGGGUCGACAAGCUUCCACCUUCAGGAGUCGAUAUCGAUGUGGCAACCGGAACAUCGACCGAGUUUGGCGGACUCCACAGAACACAUAAGGCCUUCUGCGCUGCCUACGAUUGCCAACCAGUUGAUUGGGAAAUGCGGCUUGAUGGCGGCUUUGGUCCUGAGUUGCGUAUUCUGUUACCUCGGGACGCAAGACCCUCAUAUGAGCCUCUCGAGCUGAUAGCCUUGCUGAGAGCCGUCCGCUACAAUCGCUUCAUUGGAUCCAUAUCGUUCCGCGGUGUUAGUCUCAGGCAUCUUUGGGAUAGAUUUGAUAGUUCGCGGCCGGAAUCAGUGGCUUAUAUGAGCCCAGAUGAGAACAUUAUAAGCUCGAGCCUCUGCAAGCUUGUGCAGAAAGGAUCAGUAUUGUCUCAGGAGAUCCACGCGUUAGCAUUUUGCCUGCCUUCACUGAAGCAAAUCGACUUGACCGACACGCUUAGCGAUCUCCCACGUUCACCGCAUCCAGACCCGGACCUAGGCAUACUAUUCCCCAUUAUAAACCUCAUCGGUGCCGGUCUGACAGCCUGCAAUAGGAUUAUCGUGGCUGGGUGUAGCCUGGGAUCGGGUGACGUUGCCGCGUUAGUCUCGGGCUUAGGUCAAAGGAAUUUCAGCGAUGAUGGCUUACAGUUUGGAACAGAACUAAAAGCUCUAGACGUGUCGAGAUGCUCCCUGUCCAGUCAUGAUCUCACAGCUAUAGUCGAAGCGCUCACGGUUCAGUCCAGAGCACUUGAACUUCUUGACAUUUCCCAAAACACGGGCCGCAUCUCCCCUGGCACUAUUUCCAGGUUUAUCGAUGCUAUGUCUGACCUGCGCAGCUUGAAUAUUUCCGACGCAGUCAUUGGACAGGACGAGACGAAUCUUUUGUCAUAUGAGAGCCUUGGGGGAUUCAAAAGCAUCGAGCGUAUAAAUAUUUCAGGGUACAAGAUGUCAGUGGAUACGGAGAAGGCACUGCUGGCGUUCCUCGAGAUGAAGGCUAUCGAUCAACGCCAAAAAGGUGGCUUCUCAAUAGCGUCCGGCGGCCUCGAGCGAAUACAACUGAACAGCUGCGGGAUUGAUGGGCAUGGUGCCGCACGCAUUAUCAACGCAGCUUCAGGACUUCAGGGGCUACAUAUCCAUUUGAAUAGCAACCCUAUUGAUCAAGGGGUGGAAGUCCUCGCGUCUGCCAUUGCACUUUGUUCCGAAGGGAGCUUUGGGCUGCACUUGGACAUGAUCGAGUUCAACAGAGUUGAAGGAUAUGUCCGGCUCAUCCAGGCUAUCACCGUAUCCAAACGCUUCGUCUACGUCUCCCUGGCGGGAACAGCCCCGCCACCGCUACCCAGUGCGGUCUGUACACCGGCCGUUUCAGAUGCGCUGGAGCAGCUCUUCGUCCAGAACAGCUCCAUCAGAGUCCUCGACUUGUCGGGUUACGCCGACAAGCUCGACGAGGGGCAGCUGGGACGGGGAUUCGGCCGCGCCUUCAGAGGCCUUGGGCGCAACGAUACGAUGCGGACCCUCGUCCUCCGCAACCAAAACCUUAGCACAGAAGUCGGCGACCUCGGUCUCGGAAUAAGAGAUAACCGGGCGCUGCGUCAACUCGACAUUGGCGGGUCCGAAAUCAACCUCACAGCCCUGCUCUUCUUGCGCAGAUGUCUCAAGUCCAACCGCUCCAUUUUGCAGCUGCCCUUUGGCAGAGAGCAACAAGACCGUCUACUCGAGCGUGCGGUCCACAACGUACCAGAGCCGGCGAGGACGGUGGCUUUGAGCGACCUCAGGCUGGAGGUUUCGAAACAAGCCGUGGGUAUCCAAAGGAUCAUUGCGCGCAAUCGCAAGGAGGCCGAAAUGGUCGACGACGGUGACCAAGUCGCGGAUAUACUGCUGAACGCGGAGCCCGAUCAUGGCCUCGACGUCGACAAGUUGGACGGUGACAGCCUGCCUGUCUUGCAGUACGCGGCGUGGCCGUUGCGUCGUCAGAGCAGGCGCGUCGUCUCUUCGCUCAUCGAGCCCGAGGUCUUUACCAGUCCUUAUCGCUUGAGCGACUUGGAGGAGGCUAUUGCCAGUGCGGGAAGCAGCAGGGAUGUGUCCGUGACCCGUCGUUUCUAG